AUGGAUAAAGAAAAUGCAAAAUUAAAAAAAACAAAAGAUUCCAUUUUAAUUAAAAAAAAUGGGAAAUAUUCAGAAGAAGUAAAAGAAUUGGCUAGAAAAAGGUAAUUAACAAUAAUUAAUAAAAAAGAGCCAUUUAUAUGUUAGUAAUUGAAUGUGGAAUAUUAAUUACUUAUUUGAUUUUUCUUAUAGCUUACUCAAUUUAAGAUAAAUUUAAGCUGCUAUUUUUAAUCAUAUAGAUAGGACUUGUAUUGAUUCUUUAUUUAAAUUAAGGCUUUCUUCUAAAUUCUUUCAAUUUGUUUCUCUGUUCACUCAUUAAUUUUUUUCAAAGAAUACAUAAUAUCCAAAAGUUCAAACUUGUAAUAUGUAUAAAUUAUUGUUUAUAGGAGUGUUCUAUUAUAUUGUUUGAUGAUUGCUCCAUUGGUUCUUAUGUAUUUAGAAGUAGAGUCAUUUAUCAUUCCAAUCAUUUUAUAAGUAAUCUUUUUGCUAGUUAAUAUAAUACUAUGCAUUUUGGAUUAAUAUCUAAUAAGAAAAUUUGUAAUUGA